AAACACGCCCCGCGAAGAGUAUUCACAUGAUUGGUCUGGGAACAAGCAACACUAUGGGGCCUGUAUUAGGACAUUGUAGUGUGCUUUCUAAUGGAUUUCUCGUUCACUAAAGCUGCAUCUGUCGCAGACCCCAUGGUCUUUAGCAGAAGACAGUGAGCUUCACCCAGGGGGCAAAAGAGCUGGCCUAUAGUUAAUGUUAUGCGAGGUGCUGCAAAGUGUCAGCAGUGGUCGGCAAUGGAAUAGUGGAGCGAUAUAGCUCCAUUUUCCACCACAGCUUUAAUGGUAACCAUGGAUCUUCUGCAGGUGGCAGAGGAGGUGGUGGAAUCCAGUCCCAAUAAACUGGAGGAUAUUUACAGGCUCUUAGCGGAGGGAUCGUUUCCAUCAUCUUUCUGCUCCAUCAAGAAAAAAAACCUUAAACGAUACGCCAGAAAGUUUACCUUGGAAGGCGGCUGCUUAUAUUAUGUGGGAUCGAAAAAUGAAGAGAAACGGGAAGUGGUGGUGGAUCCAGAAAGAAGGCACCAAAUUUUCCUUGAAAGCCAUAUAACAGAAUCUGGCCAUCACCUAGGGCAGAAGAAAACGGCUAACAGGAUUCAAAGCAGAUAUUACUGGCUGGGAGUUGUAAAGGAUGUUAUUGACUGGAUCAAAAUAUGUGAGACAUGUCAAAAUGCAGAGCACCACAAGAACACACCCAGAAAAUGCAAGCCUGUGAAAGUGGACCGCCCUUGGGAGGUGCUGAGCAUUGUUUUUCAUGGGCCUUUCCCUCCAAGUUCUCAGAAGAACACCUAUGUAUUAACUGUAACAGAUUUUUUUACAAAAUGGACGGAAGCUGUUGCUUUGCCGAAUAAUGAUGCUGCACAGGCUGCCAAGGUUCUGGCUAAUAUGUAUUACAGAUACGGAGCUGCAAGAAAUAUUUAUUGCAAUCAAGGCUGGGACUUCUGUAAAGAGGUGAGCAGGAACUUGUAUGAGAGGUGGAACAUAUCACAGACAAUAACGUUGGCUGAAACAAGUGACCAUGCUGGUCUGGAUAAGAUGACCUUUGAAGGACUGAAAUCCUCCAUAAGGAUGGCAGUGAGUGACAAUCCAAGUGAAUGGGAUGAAUUCCUGGAACCAAUUCUAUUCACUUUCCGGACAUCCAUCAAUCCUGUAACAAAGUACACACCUUAUUUCCUGAUGUUCAGUAGGGAAAUACAGUUAUCAGGGACUGAAGCAAAUGAAGUUCCCAGUAGCCAAGGGCCAUCAACCCACAGUAACGAAAGUCUCCUCCAAUACACAUGUGGAGUGCAGGAGCAAAGAGCAGCAGUACGAGAAAUAGUACUAGCCAAUUUAUUAGCAACUGACAAACAGGAAAGGAAAAGUACACCAAGGCCCAAUAGAUGCUCGUCUGCAGCUUUUCAAGGGCAUGAUGGGAUUUUUGGCAGCAGUGCUGUUCAGCCCCUGAAAAAGUUCAAACAGACCGCUGUCAUGUCUUUUAAAUUUGAAAAUGUGUUGUUCCCUGAAGGAACUGUAGCAGUUGAAGAAGUGACAAGCUGAUACUGGGAAUGUUUAUCACAUACUAAAAAGGUGAUGACCAAAAUCAUUUUGAUGGCUGCACUGAAUACUUGCAUUCUAAAUGUAAGAUAUCCGAAAUGGAAAUGCAAUAUUGGCGAGUCAGACAACAUGGCUUAGCUUGAGGUUUUUUCUUGUUUUUAGAGAAAGAUAUUUGUCUGCCUUUUGUAAGCUACUGUCCUCGAGCGUAUAGUUAUGGAUAUUAAAGGGUAAAUAAACCCUACUUAUAAUAGGGUUUAAGUUCCAGUAAAUUUCAUAUUGCAGAUGAAACACAGACAGGGGCAUUUGUGCCAUGAGAACCUUGCCUCAGAAGGCAGUGCCCCUAAGGGUACCAGGUGUGGGAAAAAUACGCACCUGGUAACUUUUAGAAUAGAAUCUCUAAUUAUUAAACCAGAAAUUUGGCUCUUCUAGUGGAGAUAGCGAAAUUGCACUAGUGAUGCAACCCCCUCUAGAGCUGGAAAAAAAUGGCGGCAUCACAAAAGCUGCCUCAGGGCCACAUGGGGUGCAGAAUCACCCCUGCACACAGAAAUGAUAAAGUACACCAAAGCCCAACAGAUGCUUUUUUUUUGUAAUAUUUAAAAAGCAUUGGUUUUAAUUUUGUUUAACUUAAAAAUCUUAUCUUGUAUUUAGUAAAAGAAAUUUGUCUUGUACGUUCUAUAAACUACUGUCUUCAAACGAUCAUUUAAAAAGGUAAAGAAACCCUAUUUAUAAUAGGGUUCUACUUCCAAUAAAUUUCACAGUAUAUGAACUAGAAAGGGUUAAUACCCUUGCUUACAUUCACUUACAUUGUCAUUAAUAAAUGGGCUAUGAGCCCUUGCACAGAAUUUGUAUGUGCGCUGUUCCUACUUUUUAUUUAUAGUUUUUUGCUUGGUGUAUUGGCUAAGAGCAAAGGUAAGAGCUUUUCCUUUGCUGAACAUAAUCCCAUUUUUGGCUGUUUUUCCUAUUGGGAACUUUUAAAAAUGUCAGAAGCUGGUUUGCCUAGAAGUGGAGGAGCUGUGCAAUCUUACAGCACUACUGUGCAUGCCCUGUCCAUGCCUUGCUCCUUUGUAUAGCAGUAUCGUGUUCCUUCCAGCCUGCUUCUGGAUGGUAGUCCUUGAACCAUUAUUGGGGUCAGACUGGGCCACGAGGGCUCUGUGAGAAAUCCUGCUUUGCACCACUGCACAUGGCCUGGGGGGGGGGGGGGGUUGCUGUUGAGGGGAAUAAUGGGCACAGAAACCCCAUUCUGACACUGCCCACUGAUACUACUGGCGGGCCUGCCCUACCGAUAUCUGGCCUGGAAUCGGCCAGACAUCGAUCGGGCAUGUUAAAAAAUCUAGUGGGAUCAGGGACCGCAUCGGCUCGUUGACUUUGCCUAUACCCGUCGUUAUAAUUAGCCUGGAUUCUCCCGAUAUCGCCCACCCGUAGGUGGGGGAUAUCGGGAGAAGAUCCACUCGUUUGGCGACAACGCCAAGCGAGCGGAUCUGAAGGUGUAUGGACACCUUAACUUAGCUUUUCUUUUGGAACAGAGUCUGGCAUCAGUUAGUAUAAUGACACUCACCAGCACUUCCUGGCCUUUCCAACAAUCAUACGCCUGGUGCACAGUGUUCACUGAGGGAUCAGCACCCUCCAACAUGAACUGAAAUGUACACAAACACUGGCACAGUAAGGCUAUUACAAGCGGGGCAAUUACAAGCGGGGUAACCCUGCAUGUUUAUUAGGUGCAAACCAUGUAAAGUUUCAGGGCAAGCCCCUUCAUCUGACAAAUGUCUGGCGUUUGUGUACAUUUUUGGCAUCAGUUACACAAGCUUGCCCAUUAUGGGGGCUAGCUUCCCUAGUUUUUCAGAUACAAGCUCUCAACUAAUAAAUGGUACUGAAACAUCAUAUUGUAAUAUCUGUCAUUGACAAAAAGAGAUUCAUCUGUGAAUGGGGACUUUUCUCAAAGAAAGAGAACAAUCCCCAGGUAGGGGAUUGUAAUAUGAAGAAAUUGAAAGUCACUGAUAAAAGAAGAGUGCCGAGUGCCAUUUGUACGUUUCAGUCCCUGGUUUCAUAAAUACCUGCCCUGAUCCUUUUUGUUUAGAUAUGUGUGCAUUUUUGUGGACUGCAUUCAGGCACAGAAAAUCUGGAGACUCUGCCUUGAGGGUUGCUGUACACUCCCAUAGACAGGUUCUUUAUAUCGGGCUUCUUUAGGACUUUGUGUGCAGUACUUUAAAUAUCACUGCCUAUUUUGAAUCUCAGUCUAGACAUUACUGCCCUUUAAUAAACCGCUAGUAUGUCUGUAGCCUGUAUCCUAAUUAUACGCUGAAGGUUGCUGCUCCAUCUACAUAUUAACUGUUCUCUCUAAAAUAAACUUUUUUCUAUCCCAAGCCCAUCUGGUCUAUUAUCCUAGAGGAGGCUUAUCUGUUAAAAUAUUCUGCACAGAACAUUCCCUUUUAGAUUAUUUCAUGUAUCUGUCAUCUGUAUUGACUAAAGCCUUGCCCUUGUAAAUAUUUUUUUUUGUUUGUACUUGUGUAAAUAUUUCUAUAACAUCAUCUGAUGAUAUAAUAAAACCAUAAUGUGA